CCCGCCGAUCGAUCGGACAUCAGUCUCGUCUCUGCUCAUCUCAGCACUCAAGGCGUUAUCUCCGGGAAUCGGUAUCACCUCACCAAGUGGAAUUGUAGUCAGCAUGAAGGUCUUCGUUUGCAUGUGUGCUCUGUUCGCUGUGGCCAACGCUGGCUUCCUGGGUCUCCUCGGAGGCGGCGGUGGUGGUGGCGGCGGCGGCGGCGGUGGUGCCAACCUGAAGGGCGGAUUCAGCCUGAGCGGCGGUGGUAACGGAGGAGGCGGUGGCAACGGAGGCGGCCACUACCAGGGCGGCGGCGGUGGCGGCUACCAUGGCGGACACGGUCCCAGUGGCCCAGUCCAGGUCGUCAAGGUCAUCCACCAGCAGGGUGGCGGUUACUCCGGUGGCUACUCCUCGGGAGGAUACUCCGCUGGCGGCAGCUAUGGCGGCGGCUACGGCUACGAGGCUGCUCCUCAGGUCUUCAAGGUGAAGGUCAUCUCUGGCGGCAGCAGCGGUGGUCAUGGACCCGCUCCCGGACCCGUCUACCUGCCACCCGUUGCUGGUCCCGCCCCAUCCUCCGUGAAGGUGAUCAAGGUCCUGCAGGAGUCCGCCCCUCUGGUCAGCGCUCCUCUGGUUGAGAGUGCUCCCCAGAUCGUCAAGGUGGUGAACGUUGCUUCCGGCCCUGCUCCCGCACCUGCCUUCAUCGGAGGCGGUGGCGCUUCUGUCGGUGGUGGAGCUGUUUCCCAGGUUAUCAAGGUUGUCCACGAGAGCCAGGAAGGCGGUUUCUCCUCCGGUGGCGGAUACUCUUCCGGUGCUGGAUACGCUUCCGGUGCUGGCUACUCCGGCGGUGUCACCAAGGUGGUCCGCGUGAUCCAUGAGCACUCUGCCGCCCCAGUGGCUGCCGGUCCUGCCUACGCUCCCAUCGAUGUGCCCACCCCAGUGGCUGCCCCGGUGUCUUCCUACCUGCCCCCUGUCCAGGAAAUCGCUGCUCCUGCUCCAGUCUAUGCCCCCGCUCCAGUGGCUGCCCCUGCUCCAGUUUACGCCGCUCCUGCUCCAGCUCCCGUGUACGCUGCUCCUGCUCCAGCUCCAGUUUACUCUGCCCCAGCUCCAGCUCCCGUUUACUCCGCCCCAGCUCCCGCUCCAGUUUACUCCGCUCCAGCCCCAGCUCCCGUGUACUCCGCCCCAGCACCAGCUCCCGUUUACUCCGCCCCAGCUCCAGCUCCAAUUUACUCGGCCCCAGCUCCGGCUCCAGUUUACUCCGCUCCUGCUCCGGCUCCCGUCUACUCCGCCCCAGCUCCAGCUCCAGUUUACGCCGCUCCAGCACCCGCGCCCGUCCUGAGCGUGCCUCACCCCGCUCCGGCGCCGGUCUUCGCCCCGGAGGAGCCCGUCCUGCCAGUGGGCCACGCCCCCGCCCAGACCUACGGUCCACCCGCCUACUAGAGAGGAUCCUUCCUGCUACUACAUCGAGCACCCUACCAUUCCUACACAACGCCAUGAGUUUAAUUUAAGACAUUUUUUUUCAACCACGCAUUUUUUUGUUAGAAAAUAAAAAAGAGAAAUUC